AUGACUUGUGGUCUAUUUCGAGGAGGCGAGUUUACAGAGGAAGAGGAAGAUACUGAAAGAGAAAGCGAAAAGGAAGAACAAGUAGAAGAAGAUGAAGAAGUAGAAGAAGAUAAACAACAAAAAAAAGAUAAACAAGUAGAAGAAGAACACGAUGAAAAAGAGGAAGGGGAGACCGUAGUAGGUGAAGAGUCAAGUUCAUCGCCUAGUGAACAAGAUGAAACACCAACGGAUACUAAGAAGAGAAAGAAGGCUGAGGAAAAGGGAAAGAAAGUGAAGGCUAUUGAAAAAGAACAAAAGGCAAGAGAAGAGAGAAGGAGGAAGGGAAAAGCCCCAAUGAAACCAGAAAAAUCUAAGUUAAUUACACUGUCUUUGGAAAUUGUGAAUGUAAAUACUGUUCUGAAUGUGUGUUUUAAUGUUUAUAAAGUAUUUUGUUCCUUUUUGAAACAACUUGAAGUGUCCCACAUGCUCGCAACCCCAAUUGAAGUGGGAAUGUCAUACUUUGCACCAUUCAUGGAGACAGAAAAAGAUAUACUCAAAGAAGCAGAAGAUAAGCUUCGAAAGACCAAAAAUUCUAACCACAUAGCCCAUGUUUCGCUGAAUAGAGGCAUGCCCUCUACAAGUGGGAUUGAUGGUCUGACGAGAAUGGUAGAGAAGAUUGAGAAUAGCCAAAAGAGGAUGGAGACAAGUGUGGAAGGUAUUCUUGAGUUUCUUAAAUCUGGAGCAAGGGCAUUUGAAGAACACCUUGACAAAGUGAAGGAGGACCAAGAAGAAGAUGAUGAUGUUGAAGAUUUGAACUUGGAUUCAAGCAAUCCAACGGUGCUUGAAAAAAGGAAUGACGAUAAAGACAAAGACGGAAAAGGGCUCAUGGAUGAAAGUCGAGCAUAA